CGGCCGACUGCGGGGCUGCCUCUGCACUGGCCCGGGCUCCGCCGAGACGGGUCCGGGAGGGCCGGGUGCGGAGAGCGAGCGAGCCGGUGUGGGGCGGCCUCACGGCCGGGCCCACGGCGGCGUUGGUGGGGCCGGCGUCUGCUUUGCAAGGAAGGGGCGUAGCGGCGCCUUCCCGAGCCUGUUGGUGGGAGAGGGGUUCUCCGUCCCCCCUUGCCCCCCGCCAAAGAGAGAGGGGGCGAAGAGGCUCUCCAUCGGGGAAACAGGCUCCUGUUUACAUCCGCUGUAUCCCGGGGAAAGAGCUGCACUUAGUGGCAGUGUCCGCGGGCUAGACGUCCUGCGCCCGAUUCUGCGGCGCUCAGUUCUGUGCCCGGGAUGGGCUUCUUCCCGUCUGGGGAUCCGAGUGUGGCCCUGCCGCCGGAGAGCCUGCCGAGCUCGGGGUGGUGCCGCCCAGCAGGAAGAGGUGUACCUUUCUAGAGCCACCCUCUUGCAAACAUCUUUCAGGUGUUUUUGUCUGACAUGCAGUCUUACUGAAAAUUAUAAAUCAUGGCUGUGGUGGCUGGGUUGAAGAGAGAAACCUUGUCUCCUGGGGUAUUCAGAUUUAAUCAGUAUUGCAUCUGACUGGUAUAUCACAUCUCUUGAGAAUGGCUGCAUAAUUUUCAUAUUUAAAGGAGGGAAAGAUGUGGAGUGGACUGCUACCUCCUGGCCUAAAUGAAAGUGAUAUUGAGUUGAAUUCUGAAGAUGAAGCCCCGUUAGAGAACUCUGGACUUAACUUGCAGGAAGACGAAGAAGAUGGGGUCAUUACAAAAACAGAGAUCUCAGAUUUCCCUACAGAUGGACCAAAACCCGACGCCGAGGCCAAUGUCAAUGCCUAUGAAGAGUGCCCCUCUGGAAUUCCCUUAAACAUGUGGAAUAAAUUUCAAGAAUUGCAUAAAAAACAUUCUGAACAGAAAAUCUCAACAUCAGGAUUCAGAAGGAAGAAAAGAAAACGCUCCAGGAAAGAUAAACUGAAGAAUGAAGAAGAGUCUCAAAGUGCCCAGACCUCAAGUGAAGCCCAGUGGAAGGAGCUUACUCAGUAUUUUGGAAUCAAUGAGAGGUUUGACCCCCCUGUCAAAAAGAAAAAAGUUGACAAGUCGGGCCUUGAAAAGAGCAUCGACCAGGCUGUGGAAGAGUGGGACAUUGAGAAGGCGGAGGAGCUCAGCAACCAGCUGGCCACGCGGGAGCUUGGUGUGAAAAUUGCUAAAGCGGUUGCCUGCCACAACUUUGUAAAAGCCAAAAAGGAUGCUGAAAACUCACAGGUUGCUCGAAAAAAGAAGAAACUUGCAUGGGGGUUUGAAGCAAAGAAGAGAUGGGAGACCAAGAGCAACAUGGGAUAUAUGUAGCUUGCCAGUGCUCCUCAAGGCGUGGGAGUCUUCACUUGGGCUUUUCCUUGAGUCUUCAGCUGCUCAAUUGACUAGGAAGAUAUUCCUGCAUAUGUUAACUGUGUCAGGAAACUGCUAGCAGUUGGAAGAAUAAGCAUAAAAUGUGGGAUUUGAUUAUUAAAUCUUUUUAGUCUUUUUUAGAGAAUUCAUUCUGUUGACAUGAAUGAGGUGGAGCAUUCUGUUACUCAAACACGAAAUCAAAGUACAUAUACCAGGAUUUUAUUAAUUAAUUUAUUUCUGUGACCCUCCGGUAUAAAAUCAGUUUUACUUUUCAUCUGUUUGGUGAAACAGUGAGCUCCUCGUACUUCCUCAUCUGUACCCAGUGCACCUGAACUUCCUCUACAACUGUGUUUGUAUGAUUGGCAUUUGUUUAUAAUAGAUUGGUCGUAAGUGCGAGAAAGUCUCAAAUCGAUACUGUCUUUACAGAUGACUUUAAUUAUCUUAAUGUUAUAAAAGUAAUUAUUGGUUCUUUAUUGGAGAUAAUAGAGUUGAUAUUUCCCAGUCAAAUAAUGAAAGCAAUUGAUUAAUUUUUGUAUACUUUGAGAUGAAAUACCAUAAUUUUAAAAAGGGCAGAAAGCAGUAUUUGGAGGAGGAUUUCAAUUUAGCUCGGCCUGGAAAUGUCCUCGUAAGUAUCUCUCUCAACCAUGUCGUUCCUUAAAUUAGGAUGUGGCUCUUAGAAGAGAAAUGGCACUAGUGUACUAGACAGAUCCACCUCCAGACAGUGUAACUUGGAACCUUCCAGGAACAUAGUCUGGUUAUUUUUACUCCUCUUCCCCAUUCGGUCUUAAAAGAUCGGAUGAGUUAAUGAGGGUAAGGUGGACGAGUGCCAUGGGAAGCGAUCAUUAGAUGUGUGUUUCAUAGGCCCGACUAGAGGGGCUUUGGGAAGUCCUGUAAGAAGCUGGCAAAUAAGCCUGGAUGUUGGGUGUUUUGGCCCCUCCCUGUGCUUAGAACAGCGAAGAACUGCUGAUCACUGCUUUCCUCCGUUCACCUGCCUUCCUCGCCUCCACCAGAGCUUUUCUAGCUGUGUCUCGUGUAAGUUUUCUCGAGGUGAUGAUAUGCAUCCAGGAACACAGAAAAUGAGUCACGAUGAUCGUUUUAUUAUUAUUAUUUUGUUAUUUUUAGACUUAACAAUAGUAACAAAAUUUUUGUAACUCAUGGUAGCGUUUUUAAUGUUUUUUCUAUGUUCUGGAAUAUGUUAAUAACCAGUUGGUAUUUAAGAGAGCAAAGGCCCUCUCUUGCUUCCACUCAGUGAGGAAAGCUGGUAUGGAAAAGACAAGAUUUUAGGAGGUUGUGUAUCUACUUACAGAAUUCAUCAUGAAAAGGUGUCCAGACCAAAUAUUGGAAAAUCUUAUGUUUUAUGAUUUAAUAUCCCCUGUUGCAUUUACCCAUGACAUUACAUUUCAGACUCCUAAUAGGUGAAUACAGACUUGGAGUAUAGGAGUCUUCUCCCUGAAAAAGUCUGUCGUGGGGGAACUGCCUGUCGCCCAGUCUGGUAUUGUUGAGCAGAUGUGUAACGUAGACAUUUGUGCACCCAGGGCCCGGAGGUGGGCUUCUCCCAGCAACCUCUGCCUUGUUUUUCUUCUCCUGUGUCCCCGUCCUUAAAACAUUUAGUGAGAGUGACCCUGGUGGGCAUGUUCUGCCUCCGCUCGUGCCGAGGCCAUGCCAGAGUGGCCUCUUUGAGGGCUGAUUUGGGAGCCUAUGACCUGAAGUCCAGCCGUUGAAGCCCUUCGCCAGCCGGUGCCGCGUUGUGCUGCCCUGCCCGGGGCUCAGACGUAGACGGGAGCAUUUUAACUCGGUGCCGGUGCUGUGCUGGAAUCGGAUGUAGCAGCGGACUCCGUCAUGAGGGGAACCGCAUCUCCCGAGUCUCCGUAUUUGGGUGUCCUGGGUUGUGAAAAGCUCUAAAAUAUGGUACAGCAGGUGGAGGGGGGUAAGAGAAGGAAUCAGGGGAGAGGAAGGGACGGGUUGUCUGUGAGUGACUCUGCUGACCUGUCAUGUGGCACCAGUUUCAUUUUACCAGCUUUAAUUUGAAUUAGACAUUUUGCUCAGCAAAGCAAUAAAAUGGGAACAUUAUUCUUAGAG